AUGGCUUUAGACCUUAGCAAAUCCUUUGAUUGUGGCCCAUCUUCAAGUGAUGUUAAAUCAGAAUGUGUGGAGUCCGAGCCCACCCCAAGUUCUCCUGUACAAUCCCCAUCAGGAGUAAAGGUGUCUGAGUUCCCAGGUGCUCAGCUCAACUCAUUUCAACCUGGGAAUGGCUCAUGUGCAAAACAGGAGCUGCAAAGACUCUGUGAGAUCUUUAAGGCAUGGUUGCAGCCAGAAAAGCACAGCAAGGAAGAAAUUAUUUCUCAGUUGGUCAUGGAGCAAUUUCUUCUUACUGGACAUUGCAAGGACAAGUCAGCUUUGAAGGCAAAGUGGGAAUCUAAUGGAAGAAACAUGAAGAACUUCAUGGAAAGUCUGACUGAUGAUUGCAUGACGACCCCUGUCUUGGUCCAUGUCUGCAUGCAGGGACGGGAGGCCCUUUUUUCUGAGAACAUGUCUUUAAAGGAAGUCAUUAUGCAUUUUAAAGAAGAGCCAUCAGAAAAAACAGGAGAGAAUGAAAGACCAUUUUUCCUGACUCAAGAUGAGCCCAUGGAAACAGGUAAGUCAGAUCAAGAUAAAGAAGAUGGCUGCAGUGGAUCAUGGAAAACUCCCAAACUAAGUGAUAGUAUCGGUGCUCAAGAAAAUCAGAUAGAUUCCCUGCUCAUUAUCCAAAAAACUGAUUAUUCUAGUCCAGAAGAGGGAGAUGUUUCUUGUGGAAACCCACCCAGCUCCAAAAUGCCCAGGGAAAACACCUUUGGGUCCCAGGAAAAGCCCGUAAAUCAAUAUAGGCCUAAGGAGGAAAAACCAGAAUCUAUCGCCAGACCAGACCAGUUUUCCUCUGAGCUUGCCCCUAUAGCAGAUCCAAGCAAUCAGGCAAAACCUGUACAUGAGGAAUACCAGAAAAAAGUCCUGAUAAGCAAGCCAUACAAAUGUGAAGAAUGUUCCAGGUUCUUUAGGUAUCCUUGUAACCUUUUAGCCCACCAGCGAAGACAUAGAAAUGAGAAGCCCUUUGUCUGUACCGUAUGUUCCAAAGGCUUCUUUCAACCGUCAGACCUACGAGUUCACUGCAGUAUUCACACAGGAGAGAAACCUUUCACAUGCAGUACAUGUGAAAGGGCCUUCAACCACAAGACCAACCUCCAUGCUCAUGAGAGGAUUCACACUGGAGAAAAGCCCUACAAAUGUCCCGUGUGCAAAAACCGCUACCGCCAGUCAUCCACAUACCACCGUCACCUGAGGUCUCACUACAAGAAGAAGUAG